AUGGCGGUAAACCGCAUUCGGGGCGCCUUUGCGCCGCCUCGAAAGGGAGAGACAUUUGAGCUGCGGGCUGGCCUCGUGUCACAGUAUGCGUAUGAGCGCAAGGAGUCGAUCCAAAAGACCAUCAUGGCCAUGACGUUAGGCAAGGACGUCUCCGCCCUGUUCCCCGACGUGCUCAAGAAUAUCGCGACCGCCGACCUGGACCAGAAGAAGCUGGUCUACCUAUAUCUCAUGAACUAUGCCAAAUCGCAUCCCGAUCUCUGUAUUCUCGCUGUCAACACGUUUGUACAAGACUCAGAAGAUCCGAACCCGUUAGUCAGAGCUCUAGCCAUCCGAACUAUGGGCUGCAUUCGGGUAGACAAAAUGGUCGAUUACAUGGAAGAGCCGCUGCGCAAAACGUUACGAGACGAGUCGCCCUACGUUCGAAAGACGGCCGCCAUCUGCGUUGCCAAGCUGUUUGACCUCAACCCGGCCAUGUGCCUCGAAAAUGGAUUCUUGGAGAUACUGCAGGAAAUGAUUGGCGACCCCAACCCCAUGGUCGUGGCCAAUUCGGUCCAGGCGCUCUCUGAGAUUGCUGAGACGGCGCCUGAGACGCGAGCGCUCAUCAUCACACCGGCGACGCUGAAGAAACUGAUGCUCGCUCUCAACGAGUGCACGGAAUGGGGCCGCGUGACUAUUCUGAGCACCUUGGCAGCGUACGCCGCCAACGACGUCAAGGAGUCGGAGCACAUCUGUGAGAGAGUUGCGCCUCAGUUCCAGCAUGUCAACCCCAGCGUCGUCCUCGCUGCGAUCAAAGUCGUCUUCACGCAUAUGAGAUCGAUAAAUCCCGAGCUCGUGGGCUCAUACCUGAAGAAGAUGGCCCCCCCUCUUGUUACACUCGUUGCCUCGGCUCCCGAAGUACAAUACGUUGCACUCAGAAACAUCGAUCUCUUGCUCCAGGCGAAGCCUGACAUUCUCAGCAAAGAGCUUCGCGUCUUCUUCUGCAAAUACAACGACCCUCCCUACGUCAAACUCCAAAAGCUCGAGAUCAUGGUCAGAAUAGCAAACGAAAAGAACUACGAGCAGCUCCUUUCCGAGCUCAAGGAAUACGCUCUAGAAGUUGAUAUGGACUUUGUCCGCAGAGCCGUCAAGGCUAUCGGUCAGGUUGCCAUCAAGAUCGAGAAUGCCAGCGCAAAGUGUGUGGAGGCUUUGGAGGACUUGAUUUCCACGAAAGUCAACUACGUCGUGCAAGAAGUGGCGGUUGUCAUCAAGGACAUUCUGCGCAAAUAUCCUGGCUACGAAGGCGUCAUCCCCACGCUUUGCAAGUACAUUGACGAGCUGGAUGAGCCGGAGGCUCGCGGAUCCCUGAUUUGGAUCGUUGGAGAGUAUGCCGAAAAGAUUAACAAUGCCGACGAGAUUCUGCAGAGUUUUGUUGAGGGCUUCAUGGAGGAAUUUACUCAGACCCAAUUGCAAAUAUUGACGGCCGUCGUUAAACUGUUUUUGAAGAAGCCCAGCAAUAGCCAAAACCUGGUUCAAAAGGUGCUGCAAGCUGCCACUGUAGAAAACGACAACCCCGAUAUCCGCGACAGAGCGUACGUGUACUGGCGACUGCUCUCUGGCGACCUAGAUGUUGCCAAGAACAUUAUUCUCUCACAAAAGCCAACCAUUACGACGACAAUGACCAGCCUGCCGCCAGCUCUUCUGGAGCAGCUGUUGAUGGAACUGUCCACACUGGCGUCCGUCUACCACAGGCCUCCCGAGUCAUUUGUCGGCAAGGGCCGCUUCGGCGCCGACGAGAUUCAGCGCGCUGCCAUUCAAGAACAGCGCCAAAACGCCGCCGAGAACCCCAUUGCUGCCUCUGUCGCCGCGGCUAACGGCACCGCGGGAUCGCAGAGCAACAUUGAGAAUCUGCUAGACAUUGACUUUGAUGGUGCCGCACCUGCCUCGCGCGAACACGGUAGCGCAUCUCAGACUCCCGACCGCGUGGCUAGCCCCGCGGCCGGCGCGGCCUCGGGUGGUAUGGCGGACAUGAUGAGCAUGUUUGACGCACCCCCGCCGGCCCAGAGCAGCAGCGCGGUCAGCCCGCCGGCGGCCAGUAUCGGCAGCGGCAUGAAUGACCUGAUGAGCGGAUUUGAGGGCAUGAGCUUUGGGGCACCGGCUAGUGAACCCCUGCCGGCGGCGAUGCAGCUGCAGAAUACGCAGGGUGGCCAGCCGCAACCGCAGCAGCAACAGUCCCAGGGAGCGAGUGAUGAUCUGUUGGGAUUGCUGUAA